AUGGUGGACUUCUGUGGCCAGACCAUCAGGGGCGACGGCAUGAUCAUCAAUUCACACAGUGACUCCAGAAAGUAUUACUUUGUGUCUAUGGACACCGACUGCCGUUUAACCAUGCAAGCUGCAGCCCUGAAGGACAAGGUCCAGUUCCAGUUCCGCUUCUUCUUGGUUUACAGCCUUUUGCGUAUGUCCAAUAUUCAGACGCCUCUACCAGGAGAAACCACAAGAUCCCCAGGAACCCACAGUGAUCCCUGCAACGCUGGCUCAUAUGUCCAGUUCUAUGAUGGAAAAGACCUUUAUUCAGAACCGCUGGGCUUACCACUUUGUGGUAAAACGAUCCCAAGACCUGUCCUGUCCACAGGAAACUAUCUAACCCUGCGCCUGGUCACCCGAGGACAGCAGCCCCGAGUUGACUUUGUUGGAGAUUUCACCUCUUUUCGAAUAGGUAAAUGUAGUUUCUAUCAGAGUAUUCCAUACUUCUCUUGCCACAAUGGAAAAUGUAUCCCAUCCAGCCUGGUAUGUGACGAGCAGAACAUUGAUAACUGUGGAGAUGGCAGUGAUCAGGCCACUGGUCCUCCAGCCAACUGUGUCAGCGUCUCUAUGGACAGAAGAGGGGGCGACCAGGGCAUCACUGGAGCCCAGAGUCCUGCUGAAGAUAUAAGCCCCAGCACAUCUACUGUACCAGAUCUACUACCGCCAACGGUAAAUCUCACCUGUGGAAAUGAAGGAAACCAGAAGGUGCUUGUUCCAGACAUUGUCCAACCUCACGGAUCAAACACAGAGCGGAGAUCCUAUGCCUCCUUCCUCUACCUGUAUGUUAUCCUGGGCUUUGUGGUCAGUGUUGCUCUAUUAUUCUGGUGUUGCUGGUCACCGGGCUGGUUCAUCUGGAGAGUUGGCGCCUGCAGAUUCAUUCCCUGCUGCAACUCCUUCUGCGCAUCCUGUCACCUCUGCACCCGCAGCUGUGUCUUAAAGGACAAAAUUCGACCCAGUAAAGUGACCCCUCAGGAAACAUCUCAUACUGUGCCAGUGUGA